AUGCCGGCAAAAUCGUCGCGGGAUGACCUGGAGGCUCCGCGGCCUGCGCCACAGGCCAUGGAUCAACCUCACCGAGACCGAGGGGAGCUGCGCCUGGGCUGCCCAAUGCCGCGCGCCUCUGAAACAGGUCCGACGAUGCCAGGCCGUGUGCAGGCAGAGCAAUUGAGCAGUCAGGAGUUUCAUGGUGGUUUGGCUGCGGGAAACGUCGUGCAGCAAGAUGCCAUGCCCCUCACAGCGGAACUGGAAGAACUGAUUGACAAGACCAUCACGGAAAUCCAGGAGUUGGAGAGCCAGGAGCGGCUAUUUCUCUUGCAGGAGUCAGACUCCUCCCAGGAUGCCAGGGCAGAGCUCCGGCAGAACUUCUCCAAGGUGGAUGUUCUCAGUCCGCCUCAAAUACCUCGGGCAAAGCGUCCGGUCACAACAGGAGCUCGUGAAGCUGAAGUGGAGGCUGUCGAGCACUGCCGGCGAUUCCUGGCACAAGCCUGCCGGCCACAGGUGAAGAUCAGGACACCCUAUGCAGUUCCGAAGUUCGAUUUGACGGAUGCGGAACUCAGACAUCCUUUCGAGAAGUCUUUGGAGUCAAUGUCCUUCGACCCUUUGGAGUUCCGGAUCCUACGCCGAUCUGCAUGGUGA